UUCCUUGAUUGGGAUAUCUAUAUAUAUGAUUUCACAAAACCCUAAUUCCUUUCCUAAUUCCUUACCUAAAUCUCUCUAUCUCGGUCGCCUCUCACCUCCGCCAUGGGGCAGCGCUCCUCCGUCUCCUCCCUCCGCCGUGUCCGAUCCGAUCUCCCCGAACCUCCCUCCCCCAUCAACUCCAAGACGCUCCUGCUCUCCAACCUCCACCGAUCCACCGAUGUCUUGCGACACACCAGCCUGCUCCUCCGCUUGUCCAGAGAUCCCGAGCACGGUCCGCCCAGCAUCGAUGCGGUCGAGGGGGAAGAGUCGAAGUGGAUCCGCGGUGCGAUCAGGAGCGAGGCCAUGGAGGUGUUGGAGAGAGGCAUGCAAGGGCUGAACCAGGGGGAGGUUGGUGCUGGACUACAGGUGCUUUACGAUCUAGGCGAGUUGAAGGCCACUGUGGCGCGGUUGGUGAAUAAGUAUGAGGGAAUGGGAGUGAAGAGCAUUAAUGCCGCAUUGGAUACGAAGGCUAUGUCAACGACUGGAGGGGGAUGGAAUCCGCGCAAUGCGCUUUGGAAGAGGAUCGAGGAGUGUGUGGAGCGACUGCACUUGGUCGUGGUUGCGGUUUGGCACUUGCAGCGGGUGUUGUCGCAGACGAGGGAUCCGGUCACGCACGUAUCGCUGCUUGACGACGUCGUUCAGGACGGUGAUGCAAUGUUAUCAGACCGUGUCUGGGAGGCACUUGUUCAGGCCUUUGCAAGCCAAAUGCAAUCUGCUUUUGCUGGAUCAAUUUCUGUUAAUUCUAUUUUUACAGCGGAAUACCCAAAGAUGCUUUCCACAAUUGAGAAUCUUCUAGAAUGGAUUUCACGCGACACCGAUGUUGAGGGAGUAUUGCCAGCUAUCACUCCUGAAGUAAAACAUCAAAUGGUUUCAGCAAUAGAUAUAUUCGAGACUCGAUACUUGUGUCAAUGCUCCAAACGUCUUAUAUUUCUCGUCAAAUAUGUAAUCGAUGAGUCCGCUCAGGGAAGUGGUCCCUCCAAAUUAUUUUUCUUAAGAAUCGUAUCAUACAUACAGGAAGAGAUUGAAAAAGCUGUCCAGUUGGACCGGCGUUUAACUCUGCUUGUCUUGCAUGAAAUUGGUAUGGCGUUGCGCCAGCUGGCACCACAAGCUGAGAACCAGAUGUCUACUGGUCCUGAAGCACGUCAAGUGAUGGGUCCUGUUACAGCAGCCCAGUUGAAGAACUUCACCAUAUGUCAGCAUUUGCAAGAAUUUCACACCCGCAUAUCAUCUCUGAUCCGGGAAUUCCGGCCUGUUGCUGCCGAUGAGCUUUCCCCUGCACUGGGUGCAAUAUAUGAGGUCGCAUGUAAUCCAAUGACAUCCUUAUUUCAAUCGAUGCUGGAUCGACUGGAGUCUUGCAUAAUGCAAAUUCAUGACCAGAACUUUGGUGUGCUUGGGAUGGGUGUUGCUAUGGACAAUAGUGUAUCACCCUACAUGGAGGAGUUGCAGAAGUGCAUUCUUCACUUCCGUACUGAGUUUCUAGUCAGGAUGUUGACUCCAGCUAAGACAACAAGUGGAAAGACAGAAACGAUAUGCACUCGGCUCGUUAGAAACAUGGCUUCACGAGUUUUGAUUUUCUUCAUCAGGCAUGCUGCUCUUGUGAGGCCUUUUUCAGAAUCAGGGAGGCUGAGAUUGACUAGAGACAUGGCCGAGCUGGAGCUGUCGGUAAGCCAGAACUUGUUCAAGGUGGAACAACUAGGUGCACCGUACCGAGCCCUUCGAGCAUUUAGGCCUCUCAUAUUGUUGGAAACAUCUCAGCUGGGAGCAUCUCCUCUUCUUCAGCAUCUGCCGGUCAGUAUUAUACUUCACCAUCUCUACACCCGUGGUCCGGAUGACCUGCAGUCUCCAAUGCAAAGAAACAAGCUCACGCCGUUGCAGUACUCUUUGUGGAUGGAUUCACAAGGAGAGGAUCAGAUCUGGAAAGGCGUGAAAGCAACUUUGGAUGAUUAUGCUGCGAAAGUAAGGGUAAGAGGGGGGGACAAGGAGUUCAGUCCUGUGUAUCCCCUUAUGCUUCGAGUAGGGUCAUCUUUGACCAAGAAUGCUUCUGUGGCUCGGUAACCCUGAAAACGAGCAUAUAACUAAUGAAGUUACUAUAAUAAGAGCAUACCCCGAUCUCUUUUUUGAAUGAUGUUGCAUUUGAGAUGUUGGAGAAGGCUUUUAAUAGUGCUAGUCCUAGUGCCCACCAUCAAUGUAAAUGCACACGAAGUUCGUGAUAGCCUUUGGUUAAAUUGUCCAUAGCUCAGGAUGAACUAUAUGUCAAAUUCGACCGGUAUAUAUAAUGGGUGCUGAGCCAACAUCUUUGUACAGGUUGCAGCCAUAGCUUCUGAAGCGAUAUAUCAACCCUUUUUAAUCGGCUAUUUUCCA